GACCAGUCAGACCGAGCCAGUGCGGAGCGUCGCGCGCGCCGCCGUCACCACCGCCGCGACCGUGCCGCCGCCGCCCGCCCGCCCGACGGGCAUGACUGUGGAAACUGUGGAGCCGGCAGACAUGACCGUGGAGAUCAAACGCGCCGAGGAGGGCGGCCGAGCCGGCGGCCAGCGGCCGGCCGGCGCCGCCUCGCCGCCGCGACCCGGCGGCUUCAUGAUUACGGACAUCCUGAGCUUGACGCGGCGCGACGAGCAGCCCGAACGGCGGCCCCGGCUGGCGGCCGGGCCGCCCGCCGAGCCGCCCGGCCCGCCCGAGUCGCCCACCGACCUCACCGUCCGAACGGGGCCCGACGCCGAGACGGCCGACGACAGCGACGGCGACUGCGACGGCACCGACGAGGGCGACCGACUGAAGCCGCCGACAGCGACAGACAAAGACGGUUUAUCGCCGACGUCACAAGGCCAAAACGGAUGCACGCUCAAGUCGAAGAAGUCGCGGAAGGCGAGGACGGCAUUCUCCGACCAUCAGCUGCAGACAUUGGAGAGGAACUUUGAGCGGCAAAAGUACCUGAGUGUCCAGGACAGGAUGGAGAUGGCUGCCAGUCUGAACCUGACCGACACACAGGUCAAAACCUGGUAUCAGAACAGGAGGACCAAGUGGAAGCGUCAGACGGCCGUCGGCAUGGAGCUGCUGGCCGAGGCCGGUAACGUGGCGGCCCUGCAGCGGAUAUACGGCGGCUCGGGCGUGCCGUGGCCGUACCCGGCCGUGCCCGGCCUGCCGGCGCACGGCGUGCCGGCCGUGCCGCCGCUCACCACGGCCGCCUACUACAGCCAGCUGGCCGCCAUCCAGAAGCCGCUGGCGUACCGUGUGUUCCCGCCCGGUCUGGGUCUGGGCGCCGCUGCCGCCGCCGCCGCCGCCGCCGCCGCCGUCAGCACGCCGUCGUCGCUGGCGCCGCCGGCGGCGGCCCUCUCGGCCUCCGCCGCGCUGGCGUCCUACUACAGCCGGCCGCCGAGUACCAGUCGCGUGUGAGGCCGGCCCGCUCCCACCCGCUCAAAGGGCGCCGGCCGGGCGCCGCGCCGGGCGCGCCGUCCAGCCCGGCGUCACCAGACAGCGCCCCGCCCCAGACGCCGCCGCCGCUGCCGACCGACGCCAGCCUCUGGCUUCACGAGCAGCGCGGCUCGAGCAGCGACGUGAUGCCGAGUGUACAAGUGUCCCAUGUACGAUAUGUUGAUAUCAAGUUUAUGGAGUGCGCCACCUGUGAUUAGGGCCCUGCAGUGUCCCAUUUUGUUUGACCAAAAGUGCGCGUUGUAAAUUAUUUAAAUCCUGUAUACAGAGCGCAGAUUCCUUGUUGACGCUGUUCAGUGCGCGCGGCUGUGUGCGAUGUGGCUUUCGUGUGCGUGAUGUGUAUGUGUGGGUGUUGUGUGUGUUAGUGUGGGUACGUGGGUGUGUGUGUCUGUGUGCGUGAAAGUGCGUUAUGCAGAUGCUAUCUGCAGAUACAAUUGCAGUGAUUCUUUGCAGAUACGUUUUUAUUCGUCAGUGUGGCCCUCGGUGGCGUGCACGAAUAGUCAAAUAAACCUGAUACAUUUGAC